AUGGACAGCUCACACACGAAUCGUGGCGUUCACGAUGCUGUCUUGAACAAAAUGAUGCACACCUUCAGCAGCAGUCCCGAUUCGCUAGCCAACCACGAAAGAAAGCAGUUUGUUAUUAAAGACAAUCAGUCGCCCGUCAUCUGGCGCCCAUUCGACCUGGCAAUGCUGCAACCCAAGAAAGAGAAUGUGAUGCAAGAAAGGGGUAAGACUGGCGUGUAUUCUGAUACAGUGGAAGCGCUGGACGCUGAGUCGUCGCGCCGCCGCGCGCCAAGCGCACGGCAGGACAGACUGCGAAACUUGGGAACACGCUUUUUUAAAAUACGCCGCCCAGAUGCGCCGGAAGACCCGUUGAAUAAUGUACUUACCACCAGUGAACCUGACUUGGAAUGUAACCCUGGUGUGGAGCGCCAGCAAGCGUCGACACCGCUUGGAAUGCGCAUCGCGCGGUCGAGGUCACUAAAAUGUACACCGCCGCGGCGAAAGCCUGUGCCGCUGCUGCAUACGUUGGCAACGCCCGCCAAGCAAACCUCGUUCCCUUUGUCUGCGCCACCACGUCCCCCAAAAAGCGCGCUCCGGCGCCAGGCAAAUCCGACGCUCACAACGAAACACACGCGUAACGCGAGUGAAGACACUGUACUGUCACAGGACGUGCCAUCUUUGGCAUCCGACACGGAGUCCACAGAAAGUGCGGCCUGCGAGCUCGAUAUGCUUCGAUGUGUACGCCCCGAUCCACUUUUCUGCUCCGACGAGCCCAAACCCACCCUUUGGUUCACACCUCCGCCUCUGGUAGCGCUGUAG